UGUUAUUAAAAUAUACAGUAUAAAAUUUGAUGGCCCUUGUAUGUGGAAUGUUGAGUUGCUUUCAUUGAUUUAUAUCUUUCACUUGGAUAACUUAAUGUAAGUAAAAGACAAAACGCCACAACUUUAAAAAUGGCCUAUAAUACUGGGUUUGUGUGUUGAUACUUAUUUUUUAACCAUUUUCUCAGUUGGAGUUUCUAAGUCUUCCACUAAAAUCACAUCUAAAUAACACAUCAGCUUGCACAUUCUUAUCUAUGUCUGAGUGGCCCACAUUUAUAGUGUAAAGAAACUAUAAAACGCAUAAAUUGUGGGAACAAGGGAAACCAUGUAUAUAUAUAUUAUUAUUCAUCAUAAAAAAAGAAAAUAUUAUUCAUCAUUGUGAAAUUGAAAAGCAUAGAAUAUUCCUUGUAGACCAUACAAUUUGUGGAUAAAAAAGAAGAAAAAAAAUGUAUUAGGCAUGUGAAAAGGAUGCAGUAGACAGGAACACCAACAUCUGCCACGAAGUUGACGUACAAGGACAGCAUGCAAUCACAUUUUGACACCCGAAACAUAUUAGAUUCUGAGCUGCAUGAAGCAUCGAAGAAAAUGAGUUACAAUGAUGGAAUAUUAUCUUCAUAUCUCUACUGCAUGUCAUACAAACAGUUUUAAGGAUGUGCUGAUAAAUGUCAUUGUUCAAGUGACACUUCUUGGCACUACUUUGAAAUUCAUGUCACUCUCACCAUUGUGGAUCAGUUGGUUUCUAUAUAUCAACAAACAAUAAGAAAAAGUUGAUUACAUACAUUCAUAUACAAAAGUCAAUGAUAUUGUUGCAAUUGAAGUUUGAUUUGAUUUCAAAGAAGAAAGAGGGAUACUGCUAAUAAUUACAAGUGCACAAUAUGGUUGCUUUUGGCAAGAAGUUGAGAGAAUCACAGAUUCAAGAAUGGAAAGGAUACUACAUUAACUAUAAGUUUAUGAAAAAGAAAGUCAAGAGAUAUGUAGAACAAAUUGAGGUUGGAGCUCAAAAUCACCAUAAUGUACUCCGAGAUUUUUCACUGCUGCUAGACAAUCAGAUAGAAAAAAUUGUUUUAUUUCUACUUGAACAACAAGGUGUACUUGCGCGAAGGCUGUCGCAUAUUGGACAAGAUCACCAAAAUCUUCUACAGCAACCAGAUAGUUCAAAGAUAUCUGAACUCCAAGAAGCUAAUAGAGAAGUUGGAAGAGACCUGUUAAGGCUUCUUCAUUUUGUGGAAAUGAAUGCUACUGGUUUGAGAAAGAUCUUGAAGAAGUUUGAUAAGCGGUUCGGCUAUAAAUUCACCGACUAUUAUGUCAAGACACGCGCAAAUCAUCCUUAUUCUCAGCUCAGACAGGUUCUAAGGCACGUGGGAAUUGGUGCUGUUGUGGGAGUCUUGUCUCAUAAUCUUGCAGACCUUAAUGAUUUACAGAAGUGUCAAGGAAGCUACAUUUCUAUAUAUGACCAACCUUCUUAUGCUCAUCAAGAUCCAAUUCUUGAAUCUAUCAAAGUAGCUGCAGACAGAUUAUCCAACUCAACAAAUUUCCUUCAGUUUUUGGGAAGACACGCUUUUAUCAUGCAACCAGAGGAGAUAUCACCAUCUCCAUCUGAAGAAAACAUUGUCGAUGAAAGAUAUCAUUUCAUGUCACUUCUUUUGAACUUGGCAAGCACAUUUUUGUAUAUGGUCAAUACUUACAUCGUUGUACCUACGGCUGACAAUUACUCAUUGAACCUUGGAGCUGCUGCAAGUGUUUGCGGUGUCGUCAUCGGAUCAAUGGCUGUUGCACAGGUUUUUGCUUCUGUUUAUUUCAGUGCGUGGUCGAACCGAUCGUAUCUAAGACCUCUCAUAUUCAGUACCAUUGUUCUUAUGAUUGGAAACAUCAUGUAUGCAUUGGCCUAUGAUCUUAACUCGGUAGCAGUUCUUCUUAUGGGACGCCUUUUCUGCGGGCUAGGCUCUGCAAGGGCUGUGAAUAGGCGUUAUAUCAGUGACUGUGUACCAUUGAAACUUCGGAUGCAAGCAUCGGCCGGUUUUGUUAGUGCAAGUGCUCUUGGAAUGGCUUGUGGUCCAGCUAUUGCUUGUUUGUUGCAGACUGAUUUUAGGAUUUAUAAGUUGACAAUGAACCAAGACACACUACCUGGAUGGGUAAUGGCUAUUGCAUGGCUUGUUUAUCUACUGUGGUUGUGCCUUUGUUUCAAGGAACCAGGAAAUCUUUUGGCUUAUGAAGCAGAAACUGGACAACAAGUACAUAUUGCAGUAGAGAACAUGCAUACGCAACCAUUGCUAAUGAAUUCAGAAGCAAAGGAGCAGGAGAAAGACGGAGAAGAAAAAGAUGACGACGAAGAAGUUAAUGAUAAAAUUGAAGCUCAAAAACCUGUUACUUCAAUUGUGCUGGCAUAUAAGUUGCUUACACCAUCAGUAAAGGUUCAAUUAUUUGUGUAUUUUAUGCUCAAGUAUGCAAUGGAGAUAGUGCUUGCUGAAUCAAGCCUUAUAACAGAAUACUAUUUUAUUUGGUCAACCACCAAAGUAGCCAUUUUCCUUGCAUGCCUUGGUCUUACUGUCCUUCCUGUGAAUAUUGUUAUUGGAAGCUACAUCAGCAACAUCUUUGAAGAAAGGCAAGUUCUACUGACAUCAGAAAUCAUGGUUUGCAUUGGACUACUUCUAAGCUUCCAUAUAUUAAUCCCUUAUUCAGUCAUUCAAUAUGUUGGAUCUGCCCUUAUCACAUUUGUGUCCGCUGAAGUUCUUGAAGGAGUUAACCUUUCACUUCUAUCAAAAAUGAUGUCAUCAAGGCUUUCUCGCGGAACCUAUAACGGAGGAUUACUGUCAACCGAAGCCGGAACUCUAGCUCGAGUAAUUGCAGAUGGUACAAUAACAAUUUCAGGGUAUUUCAGUGAAAGUAAACUACUCAAUACAACCUUACUACCUGCACUCCUCAUCUGCAUCUCAUCCAUUUUUGCUACCUUCUGCACCUACAACUCUCUCUAUUAGUAUAGUAUAGUAGUAGUUAACUCUUCCAUAAAAAUCAUAAGACGCUGUUCAGACUUCAACUUCAAGUCCGCCGCACGGCUUUUUUGAGGUAUUAUCUGAGGCGCUUAGGUGGAUUGAUGAGAGUGGGUGUUCAUAAACUACCAUGAGCCUCGAUUCUCAAGUAACGUGAAACUUUUUGGUGUACCAGAAUAGAAGUGUAUAUAUUUAUUAAUAGUGCAGACAUUUAGAAAUGUUUGCUAAGGUUUUGUGGUUUUUCGUUUUACUUAUUCUAGAGGAGAAUAUGCAACUUUAAGUGGAUCUAUUGUAGUUGACUUAAACGUUUUUGUACGAAAACAAUAUUUAUGUGUUGGUUUUAGCUCUAUAAAGGGAGCAACUUCUUAGAAAAAA